AUGGGGUCGUAGCCGCUCCUUUUUUGGCAACAUUUUGACAGUUUAAUGAAAUUGUUUAUAAUUUAAAAGUAGAAAUGUGAUUAGUGGAUCAGGAGUACCAAAUAAAGUCAAUGACUGGUUUAAUGGAAAAGGAAAAAUAUGUACCUCCUUGUAAUUUUAUUGGUAGUCUUUAGUAUAAGUAAUGGAGAAAUACAAAGUUAUUGUGGGAUUUACGGGGGCAAGAUAUGUGAAAAUUACGUGGGACAUUCGAAGAUGGUGUGGUUCAAUAAUUCGGGAGGUUUUGAGAAUGAGGAGAUAACCAAGGCGCUUUGGAGGGAAGUUAUCGAGACUUUUAAUGAACCUUGUCGCCGAGCAGCUGAAAAAUUGUUAUGUUUCUAUGCCUUUCCUGACUGCUACUUGGGCAACCCUCUUCCACUGUGCCACGAAGAUUGCAUUGCAGUGAAGCAGCUAUUCUGCUACAAGGAGUGGGCACAUAUUGAAGACAGGAAGUCCAAUGGUUUCGUUUUCAAAUCUAGGGGCCACUUCAGAUUACCAGUUUGCGAAAAAUUACCCAAAUAUCAAAUCGUAAAUAACACAGCGACAUGUUCAUACGCCGGCCUCGUGGAGCUAAAAGUGGACGAAAUAACACACGACUGUAUUAAGGGACGCGGUCGUUUCUAUCAGGGCAACGUGAACGUGACCAAAGACGGCCUAGCUUGCCAAAGAUGGGACUCCCAAAAGCCCCACUCGCACAACUCCCCUCCUGACAUUUUCCCCGAGUUGAAAAACUCGGAAAAUUACUGCCGAAACGCCGGCGGCGAGGAAAAGAAACCGUGGUGUUUCACAACGAACUCGUCGGUACGGUGGCAGCAUUGUGACAUCCCCAGGUGUCCCAACUCCACUUCUGAGGAGUCAGAAGAUGCAGCUAUCGCAAUGGACACUUUUCUCUCCCCUUCCUUCCUCAUUAUUUACUCCGUGAUCGGGCUUUUGGGCGUAAUAAUCCUGACUCUACUAAUUUUACUCUGCCAUCGAAUUCACAAACACCGCUUGGGGUACAACCCCACGGACACCGCCGAGGUUAACAUCGACCUGGACAAGUUACCGAGCAACAUGGCCUACCACCGGCACGGCGUAACCCUGAACCCAAAGUUAGAAAAACUCGAAUUUCCCCGCAACGACAUUAUCUACAUCAAGGACUUGGGCCAGGGGGCCUUCGGCCGCGUUUUCCAGGCUAAAGCCCCGGGGCUUGUCUCGGGCGAAGAGUUCACGUUAGUGGCCGUCAAAAUGCUGAAAGACGACGCGUCGGAAGACAUGCAAGACGAUUUUGAAAAAGAAGCGUGUCUUUUGGCCGAAUUUGACCACCCCAAUAUCGUGAAAUUGCUGGGGGUUUGCGCCAUCGGACGCCCCAUGUGCCUGCUAUUCGAGUACAUGGGCAAAGGGGACCUCAACGAAUUUCUGCGACAGUGCUCCCCCAGCAAUUACGUGGUGCGCAGCGUCGUGGACGGCGAAUACGGGAGCAGGGACGUCUUUAAAGACAACCAAUUGAACCACCUGGAGCUGCUCGAAGUAGCGCUGCAGAUAGCGUCAGGAAUGGUCUAUUUAUCUGACCGAAAAUUCGUACACCGGGACCUAGCCACGCGAAAUUGCUUGAUUAACGAGAACAUGGUCGUAAAAAUCGCCGAUUUCGGACUUUCGCAAAAAAUAUAUCUCCAAGAUUACUACAAAGGGAGUGAAAGGGACGCGAUUCCGGUGCGGUGGAUGCCGUUGGAGAGCAUUCUUUACAACAAGUACACGCCAGAGUCGGACGUUUGGGCCUUUGGGGUGUGUCUUUGGGAGAUUUUCUCGUUUGCGUUGCAACCAUACUUCGGGAUGACGCAUGAAGAGGUCGUCAGGUUUUUGAAGGCGGGGAACGUGUUGGCAUCUCCGGAGAACACACCGGCAGCUAUUUACCAAGUUAUGAAGGACUGUUGGGCCCAAAAACCGGUCGACAGGCCGAAUUUUCGCACCAUACAUCAGACGCUCACUAAUAUACAAAGCAACAUGCUCGCGAUGCCCUUGCAGUCGACGUAGUUGUAUAAUGGUCACUUUAUGUUUUGUUUAGGAAAAAUGUGAUAUGUAUAGUUUGGAGACUUGUGUUACUGCACCGCUUAGGUUAUUUUCGUUUCUAAUAAAACCCAUUAUGCAUAAGACUGAUUUUGUAUCCGUUUAGUUUUACUAAAGUGUCAGGGACAGAUGAGAUUGUUAGGACGAAUUUUUUGCGUAGGGGUUACAUGUGUAUAAGUGUUGUGUGUUUUUACCAUUCCUAUUUAAGAGUGCUUGGUAAUAUAUUUAUACCUAACGAAGAAAAAAACAUAUGUUUAAUAUAAAAUGUUUUUUAAAUUUAAUACCUGUGACAAAUAAAACUACUAAAAAGUG